AUGAAGCUCAAUUUACUUGGUACCACCGUGAUUCUGCUAGUUGCCUUCUUACCGCGCUACGAAUGUCGGGCUAUUGAGAGCCCUGGCGGUGCUCUGCGCGUCCCAGCUCCCCAAAUCCAAAACUCCCAGCAGCAGCAGCAGUCUGGUCCCAUCCUGGAGCGUCUUGGAGAGGAGUAUUUCAUCCGACUGGGCAACGGGGACUCUAACUCUUUCCCAUCCUCCUCCAUGUAUCCCGGCGGAUCACCUGCCAUCUACAACAGAGCGUUGCAACUCCAGCUGACGCGGCGUCUUUUACAAGGGAAAGUUGGGAACAUCAGGGCGCUCAUAAGCGACUUCGGAGACCGCGGGGACGAGUCGAUGGAGAGGGGAAGGAGGUCCGAGGACCCGCCGAUAUCCCUGGAUCUGACCUUCCACCUGCUUCGGGAGAUGAUGGAGAUGUCCAGGGCGGAACAGCUGGCCCAGCAAGCGCAAAAUAACAGAAGAAUGAUGGAGCUCUUCGGGAAAUGA